AUGGUCCUUUUAAAUGGAAAACUAAAAUAUAUCGCGGUUGUAGCGAUAUUUUAUAAUCUUAUUAUUUUAUUAGUUAAGGAAAAGUUUCCUUAUAUAUGCACCAAAAAAAAAUUCCAUGCUAUUAGUAAUAGAAUUCUUUAUGAAUAUUUGAAUAAUUUUGUAUCCAAAGAUAUUUUUAGACGCGAAGAUAUAACUCUUAAGAAUCUCAACUUUGUUCAAACAAACUUGAAAAGUGAUAAGGAUGCUGAAAUUAAAGAAAAUAGAGAUACACAAAGCGUUGAUGAUAAUAUGUUUCAAAGGGUGUAUAAAUUUAUUUUGAAUUUUUUUUAUGGAAAUAAGAAAAAUCGUAUAAACAAAUCCAUGAACUAUGGAAAAUAUGACAAUUUUAAUAAAAUAAAUGAUAUUUUUGAAUUUAUGAGAAACAAUGGUUUACCAAUUAAUAUAACCUCAGUAUGCUUAAUAGACACUGGAUUGAAUAUUAAGGAUGCGUUAAUUAACUACUUUUUAAAUCAUGAUAUUAGCACAUAUAAUAGUUAUACAUAUCAUUCAGUUAAUAUAAAUUAUAAAAAACCUGAUUCAUUUAAUUUUGGAAUAAAUAGCGAAAAUUGUGACGAAGAUAAUUAUUCUGAAUGUGAGUCUACAUUUUUGGAGAAUCAUAAUGGGCAUGGAAAAUAUGAAGAUAAAUCGACAAUCCAAGGCGAUUCAUUAAAAUUGAUAGAAAAAAAAUAUGACAAAAAUGUGGAUUUACAAAGGAGUGGUAUAGAUGUAGAAAUAUGCAAAGCAUUUAAUAAUAGUAAGGAAAAAAAAAAUAGUUUGAAUAUAAUUCCUGUAAUUAAAUGCUUAGAAUAUUGUAAAACAAAAAAUGUAAAAAUAAUUCAUAUGGAUUAUAAUAUAAAUGAACAAAAUGAACAAUUAAUACAAAUUAUGGACGAUUUAAAAAAUUCAGAAAUAUUUGUAAUUUUACCAUCGGAAAAACUAUUUAAUGAAAAGCCUUAUGAAGAUAAUUCUGUAAUAUAUCCAUCUUCAUUUUUUGAAAAAUUUGAAAAUGUUUUUUUUAUUGGAUCACUGGAUUAUUCGGAUAUGUCUUCUGAUGACGCUGAUAUUGCUUCUAAUUUUCAAAUUCAAAAAAAUGAAUAUUUAAAAUACCGAAAAAAUAAUGUUUUUCUUUUGGAUAGUAUAAAUAGUAGUUUAAAAAAAAGAGAUGAUCAUGAUAUAUUAUAUUAUGAAAUUAAAUACAGUUCAGCAUUUUUUAUAAAUAUAAUAACAAUCAUUCUAAAUAUAUAUCCAAAUAUGUCUAUUAAAGAGCUACGAAAUAUAUUAAGCUAUUCAAUACCAUCAAAAGAAACGGCACAAUUAAAAACAGAAAACAUUUUUGAAGGUAAUUUUGACAUAAAUAAAUUUAUUCAUAUUUUAUUAAAUAGGGGAAUAAAUUCUUCUGGUUUUGUUCGAAAAUAUAAAGAUGUAACACCGAAUGAGUCCACGAAUAAAAUAUUUCUUUUAGAGGAUCAGAAAGAUGCCGAUAUAGAACCACAGAAAGAUUCCUCUAUUGAUAUAUAUUGUGACGAAGGUGGUUCUGAUGAAGAUAUAGUGAGUACUUCGAAUGGGUUGGAUGUGUAUAGUGAGUAUUCCCACAGCAAUAAUAAGAGUGAUCAGUUAUUAAAUGAUGAAAAAGGACUUAAAUAUGAGACUUACAAAGAUUUAUAUAGUGUUAAAGAAAACGAUAUUUAUGUUUUUGAAAGUAACAAUCCAACUAAUAGCUCUUUUAUGCAAAUGAAUUAUGAUGAUAAAAUAAAAUCAAAAUAUUUAGACAAUUUAGAAGAGGCAAAUUAUCAAAAUCAUAGAACUCAAUUUGAGAUAAAUAGAAAUGAUAAUAGAUAUCCUAUAAUUUCUGAAGACAAUUUAAGAGAUAGACAAAAUAUGCAUAAUAUUCAGAUGUUAAACGAUGGUAUAAAUUAUUCAGAAAAUGCAAACAAUAUAGAAGAAUUAUAUGAUAAUGAUUUUGAAGAUUAUAGAGGAAAAGAUUUAAAUCCCGAGUAUAAUAAAAUUCGUGAUAAUAAUAAUAAUAAGAAUAUAAAUAAAGAAUUCGGAAUUUUAAAUACUUGGAGAAAAAAUAAUGAGGGAUUAUAUUUGAGUGAUAGUGAAGAAGAAAGUCAGCCAUUUAAAUGGAUGGAUAUGCAUGUAGAUGAUAUAUAUCAAGAUCGAAAAAAACGAUUAAAGGGAAAUAAUUAUGAUAAUAGAAAUGGGAGAGUAAGAAGAAUAUAUGAAGAUAAUAAACGAGGUAGAUAUAUAAAGAAUCGAAAUAUGCAGAAAAAAAAAAAUUUUGAUCGUAAUUUAAAAAAUAAAAGAUAUUUAAAUAGAAGGACUAAAAGACAUAUCAAUGAGAAAAAUAAAAGGAUUAUGAGAGAAAAAAAAAAUAAAUAUAAUAAUAGUGUAUUAAAAAGAAAUGAAAUGAAAUCACAUAAUAAUUCACAAAAAACUCCAAAAAUAAUUCCAAGAAAAUAUUCUAGAUAA